AACAUGUGUCACAUUCAACCUCAAAUCUCCAGUUGUCCAGAUUCUCCCUUCCAGUGCAUAAAUCAUCAUUAAUAAUCUCACUUCAUUAGUUCAUUCAGACACGCAUGUGCAACCAUUAGCCAAUAACCAAACCCCCCAACACACAUAUCAGAACACACAGCACAACACAGUUCAAGUUUCUCGUUUCCCUAAACAGAUCCUAACAACACAACACAAACACGGAGAAACAAAAAUGCACGCAAAGACAGACUCAGAGGUAACAAGCCUCGCCGCGUCUUCCCCCACGCGCUCCCCUCCACGCCGUCCUCUUUACUACGUUCAGUCUCCCUCGCGAGAUUCUCACGACGGCGAGAAAACCGCAACGACGUCGUUUCACUCCACGCCCGUUCUCAGCCCCUCUGCUUCCCCUCCUCACUCGCGCCACUCCUCUUCCACGCGCUUCUCGAAGAAGGACCAUAGCCAUAGUCUUAAGCCGUGGAAGCAAAUCGAUGUUAUUGAAGAAGAAGGGCUUCUUCAAGGGGAUGAUCGCCGCAACGGGCUUCCACGUCGGUGCUACUUUCUUGCUUUCGUUGUUGGGUUUUUGGUUCUCUUCUCGUUCUUCUCGCUUAUCCUUUGGGGGGCUAGUAGACCCAUGAAGCCCAAGAUCACCAUCAGGAGCAUAACGUUUGAUCAUGUAAGGGUCCAAGCUGGUUCGGAUGCAACAGGGGUAGCCACCGAUAUGAUCACAUUGAAUUCCACUUUGAAAUUCACAUACCGCAACACAGGCACAUUUUUUGGGGUCCAUGUCACAUCCACACCCGUGGAACUUUCUUAUUCAGACAUUGUAAUUGCUGCGGGAAAUUUGAAGAAGUUUUAUCAAUCUAGGAGGAGCCAAAGAUUGCUGAGUGUAUCAGUGAUGGGUAACAAGAUCCCUCUAUAUGGAAGUGGUGCUAGCCUAAGUAGCACAACGGGUGUGCCAACACUGCCUGUGCCAUUGAACCUCAACUUUGUGCUACGAUCUAGGGCUUAUGUGCUUGGGAAAUUGGUGAAGCCUAAGUACUACAAAACCAUUAAAUGUUCCAUCACAUUGGAUCCCAAAAAGCUCAAUGCUGCUAUUUCCCUCAAGAAAUCUUGCACAUAUGAUUAAUAUGCAUAUGAUGGAGAACAAGUGGAAUGCACAUGUAAAAGAAUUAUUUGAAGAAAAAAAAUUAAUAAAAAUAUUAUUUUAUGAUUAAUGUGUUCUUUUGAUGUGAGGAAAGAAAUGGUACAGCUCAGAGGGAAGUGUGACAAGGACGCGUUUUUGGAAAUGUUUUGCUGCCCAAGUUGCCUCAAAUUGCGGAAAGACAAAGACAUGCAUGUUGGGUUCGGUAGAGAAAUGUAAUCUUCUGAUUGAUCAUUUCAUGAAGACUUUUUUUGUGUUGAUUUAAUUAUUUGUGCGAUUUUAAUUUAUUAAUUGUAAAAGUGACAGGUAAUUUGAAUUCAUUCAGUUUCAAAGUUGUAAUUGCAUCUUUCUCCAUGUAAUUAUGGUGUAAUUAUAGCCAUAUAAAUUUCGCUUUUUGUAAUUUAGUUCCA